AUGAACACUCAUCUGCGUGCAGCUUGCAAAGUUGGCUACCCCCUCAAUGGCAAUGUGAGGUGGUGGUCAGAGGCAUUUGGAGCCCUGCAAGGGGAUAGCACACAAAACAUCCUCUUGGCCACCAGCCAUGGGCCGCAGUAUGUGUAUGCUGAAGAACUGGCAGCAACCUCCCAUACAGGAAUGUACCACCGUAUACUCACAAAGGCUUUAUUCAGAAACCCCCGUGAUCCAGAAGACUUCAAAUUAAUUGAAGACAAGGGUGAUGCCCAUGUACAAGCAGAACAGAAGUUUUACAUAGAAAGCUUGGAGUUCAAAGUCUCCUCCAUUCACACCCCAGCGGGGUCCACGACUGUGUAUGUGGACCGGAGGAAAGACGGACAGAAAUCAGCCACUACAUACUACUUUCAUGUGGAUGAAUAUGGCCACCUAGAGAAGUAUGUAAACACUCCAUCUCCCAAAUUGAGUACAGGACAGACCCUGAGCAUACCAGUCUCCAGAUAG